AUGCGUUGCGCCCCGUUUUGUCAUCAUAUUCGAUUACACAAAUACGAUUUGUUAUCGGAUCUCUUCCUGCUUGCCACACACACAAAGAUAUCGAAUUGCCUAACCCUUCUCUCUCUCUCGCUCGCUCCCCCGCAGAAAAUGGAUCCAUUGACACGUAUUCAGGAGGAAAUCAAGGAGGUGGUGCGACGCGAGGAGGAGUACCGCCAGCUGACAUCGGCAGCAGCUCUAACAGCCUCACCGCCGAUCGCCGUGAACUUCGCAUUGAGUGGCAAUGCCAGCGAGCUGGCGCCGCGGCAGGAGGCUGGCCACGAUGAGGUGGAUCAGGGCGCGCUGGUGACAGCACAGCCGGCGUCGGUCACCUCGCUGCUGGUGCCCAUCGAGGAGCAAUCGCCAUCGAACACGCCCUCGCUGGCGUCCAGCGUGAAUAGCCACAGCAGCAGCCACAAGGAGGAGAGCUUGGAUGAACACCAUUCGGAUGAUUCGGGCAUCUCGGCCUCCUCGCAGAAGACCAUCAAUAACAACAACGGCAAGUCCGAGGGCAAGGCGGGCCUGAAGCUGAACCUGGUGGGCAGGCAGGAGUCGCGCUACAUUGGCCCCAAUUGCUACAACUUGACGCCAGAGCCGCCGCAGCAGAAGCUGUUGACCCGGACUCCGGGAACGCCGCAGCUGCAGCCGCAGAAGCGCCAGUUCGCCUUCAAUGGCUCCACAAAGGGCGUGAUGCAGCGCUUCAUUGCCUCGCACGGAAAGCUUCAGCUGGGCCAGUCCGCUGGCCAGCCCCUGCUGCUGGCCAACGGCAAUAGUCCGACACUCAAGCUGAACUCGCGCAAUGCUUUGGCCUUCUUGGAGUCGGGCCAGACCUCUCCGCUGGCCAUCAACCUGGCCAACAACAACAACAACAACAACAUCAACGGCAACAUCGGCAACGGCAACAUCAGCAUCAGCAGCAACAGCAACAUCGAGCGGGACUCGGAGGGCAGGCCACUGAGGCGAGGCUAUGUGCCCGUCGAGCAGAAGAUCCAGCGUGAGCUGCAGGACCUCAAAAGUCGCGAGACUGAGCUGAAGCGUCUGCGCAAGCUCAACCGUCAGCAUAUGCUGGAGAAGCUGCCACUGAGCACAGACGACGAGGCCGAUGCCGAUGACGAUGAAGACGACUCCGAGGUGGAGCACUGCUAUGGUCCCGGCAAAUUGCGCAAUGCACAAUCCACGCUUGAGCUGGAAAGGGAUAGCAACGAUCUGGAGCUAAUGGGCCACAAGUCGGCGGGCAAUCGCAGCCUUAACGCCGGCAGCGCCCUAUCGAAUGGCAGUAACCAUAUUCUGAGCACAUCCGGUUCCAAUUCGGGCAUGCGCCCGGCCAUGUCGCUGGCCCAGCUCUGUGAUCUUACGCCGGAGGAGGCGCCAUCGUCGCAUCGCCUGAUCGCGCAAUGGGAGAGCUUGAUCAAGAAGAACGCUGAGGGUAUUGAGGCGGCCAUCUAGGCCACGCCCGAGCAGAGCACACCAAAUUAUUAUAUUAAAUGUCCCAAGCACUAAGCACAGGAAGUCCGAAUUCCUGCAAGUCUUCAAAAUUAU